CCAAACAAUGCCUUUCCAAACCAUUCGAGAAAUUAUUGCUGCAGUGGUAUUCAUAUUAACAUGAAUACAACAAACCUACAAGAGAGCUUCUGAUACUUCAUUAGAUAAUCCAUAAACUCAGAUGGUCUGAAAUUAUGUGAUUUUGUUUCAUUCAACAUUUAUUUCUCUGAAUCUGCCUUCCUUUAUACAUCCGUCCAGCAGGUGGCGAUAAUGAACCAACCGAGACGUGUCUUUCUAGUCUCCGUCAACCCCGGAAGCAGACUGCCUGGUUCUGUAGUCAGCUUUGUUAUGUCUUCUGAGCUGAGUGUUUGUGUCUCUGCAGCAAUAAUGUCUUCAUCUCAGUCUCUGAGAGAGUUUAUCAGGGAGCGACUGACCGCUGCUGCUGAGGAAAUAUUCACAGAGUUUGAUAAAACCAUUGUCCACUACGAGGAAGAGCUGGAUCGUCAGCGCAGACUGCUGGAAAUCUGCUGCAAACCCCAGAUAAACCUGCAGAGAAUAGCACUCCCACAGCAUUAUAUUUGGAAGGAGGAAGAGGUUCCCACUUAUCAUCACUUCUGUAGCCUAGAGAGUAACUCCACUUUGGACCAAGAGGAGCCACAACCUUUUUACAGAGAGGAACCGGGGAAACCUAAACCUCAACAAAUAAAAGAGAACCAAGCCGAGUUAGAACCACCACAGAUAAAGGAGGAACAGGAGGAACCAAAGAUUAAGAAUGAGCAGGAGGAACUCUAUAUUAGUCUGGAGAAAGAGCAGGUUGAACAACAGCAGUCAACUGAUUCCUUUACAGUAGUCACUGUUUGUGAGGAAAGAGACCACAGGGAACCACAAUCAUACAAGGACCAACUCAUCGCUCAGAUUUCCUCUGAGUCUGAGGAACAAAACCACGAAAAGAGCGACCUAGAAGUUUCCGAGUCGAGCAGCGAUGAAGAAAAGAGUUCUCAGCAAAUCAGAGGUGACAUUGAGGAUGUAGCGAAUACAGAAGUGGACAGACAGGAGACAGUGCACACAAAUGACAGCAUUUCAGCUUGUGAAGUCUGUGGUAAAAUGUUUGGUAAGAGUUAUUUGACUGAUCACAUGAGAAUUCACACAGGUGAGAAGCCCUUCUCAUGUGUAACUUGUGGAAAAAGUUUUACACUGCAGGCCACCUUGAAGCUUCACAUAAGAACGCACACAGGUGAGAAGCCUUUCUCAUGUUCGACCUGUGGAAAGAAAUUCAGCGAUAGAGCAGGUUUAUACCGGCACACAAGGACUCACACAGGUGAGAAGCCUUUUUCAUGCUUGAUCUGUGGAAAACGUUUCCAUCAAAGAAGUCAUUUCACUGAUCACAUGAAAACACACACAGGUGAGAAGCCUUUCUCGUGUUCGACAUGUGGAAAACAUUUUAGCGUAAAAGGAAGCUUAUCUCGGCACAUAAGAACUCAUACAGGUGAGAAGCCUUUCUCGUGUAUGAUAUGUGAAAGAAAUUUCAGCGAUAGAGCAAGUUUGUCGCGGCACACAAAAGUCCAUACAGGCGAGAAGCCUUUUUCCUGUAUGACUUGUGGAAAACGUUUUAAUCGCAGAGGGCAUUUGACUAGUCAUAUGAUAACACACCGAGGUGAGCAGGUGUAAUCUUGUGAUACUCUUCGUGGGUGUACUUCAGAACUGCCAGGUGGGAAGUUGAACUUUGUAGGUAUUCAUCAAAUAUGCUCUGAUAUGGCUUGUUGAUGCGCUAUUAAAAUAUUUUGUGCUUUUCCUCUUA